AUGACGAAAAGAGGAAAUAAUGUUCGAAUGAAAAGCACGACGGAUUCCUCUCGUCCUCCGUUCGUGGCAAAACAACAGCUCGGCUCGUGUUACGCGCAAAUUAUCGGUUUAGGGACCGAUACCGAUGGGAAGGAUACCACGCCUUCGGUGCUGUUGUUCACGGACAAGAGGAGGUAUUGCUUUAAUAUCGGCGAAGGGUUCCAGAGAUUUUGCGUGGAACAUAAGCUGAAGAUGACACGAUUAGAGCGCGUAUUUUUUACCCGGACGACGAGUAAAGCGACUGGAGGAGUGAUUGGGAUGUUGUUGACGUUGGCGGACGCGGCGGGCGCGACGCUCGGAGGGAUGAUGGCGAAAGAAGACGACGGAGGUUUAGCGACGACGACGAUACCGAAAAUGACCGUACACGGUCCAAAUGUUCGGAAUUUAUUGGAGGCGGUAAAGGUUUUGGUGGCGGAGAAUAGAGGUAUUGUCGUUGAGAGAGGCGGGGAGACGUUUCGGGACGAGAUUUGCGAGGUGAAGCCGAUGUUAAGAGUGCCUGAGAUGAUCGGGCCGUUAGGAAAGAGGUUGAAUGAAAAUAGCGAUAAUAAUAACGAUAACGGAGGAAGAAUUAAACCCGAUUUGUCAUCUUCGAGCGCGAUAGAAGAAUUAGAGCCAGUGGUGAGUUACGAGGUUCAACUCGCGUCGCCGCCUGGAAAAUUUGAUGCCAAGAAAGCGGACGCUUUGGGCGUUCCCAGAGGGAAAGAGAGGGGAGUACUCGUUCGAGGCGAAUCGAUUGAAAUUGAGCUAGAAAGCGGAGAAAAAAAGAUUAUAACGCCGGACAUGUGCGUGGAAGAGGCUGGUAGAGGCGCGAGGUUCGCAGUUGUCGAUUUACCGACCAAAGCGCAUUUAGACGCGGCAAUUCAGAUCGUAGAAAAAAUGAAAAAAUGUUCGAGCGGAUGGAACGUAAACGAAGAGAGAGAUUUGGUCGUACACUUAGCGCCGGCAAAUGUGGCAAACUCCAGCGAAUACCAAGCUUUCGUCCAAGAAAACUUCGCGAACGCAAAACCAAAGCACGUGUUUGCGAAUGCUUCGCGAAACGAGCGAACGCCUAUUUUCUUAGCUUCUCGGGCGGUUCAAGCAAAGUUACACGGCGUGGAUGGGAGUAUAUUUCCAGAGCCUCCGAGCGCAUCCAAAGACGAUGACGAUGACAAAAAACCAUCGACGUCGUUUGGAGUAGCUGGUAAGAGUUUGUUGAAGUUCACGCUCAUGCCGCAAAGAUCGAUGGGAAUAGACGAAAGUGCGGUGCCAAAGAUCGAAACGCCGCGCGCGAUUCGCGAAACAGCCGCGAAAGAGGCAGAGUUGCGAACAAAAACGAACAAAAACCCAGACGAAGACAAAAGUAAUAGGAAGACAAAUGAUGAGUUCUGUGCGAACCACCCCGGUCAUAAAGUCGUAGAUGAUGUGGACGACAACGAAGUCGUGGUAACUUUUCUCGGCACCGGUUCCGCGCAACCGGCGAAACAUCGAAACGUGACGGGAAUUUUGCUCGAAGUCGAGAAGGACGGCGAAAACUAUUCGGCUCUGUUGGAUUCUGGCGAAGGAUCUUUGGGACAAAUAUAUCGUUCGAAAAAUGGCAACACUACAGUCGUGGACAAUGUGCUUAUAAACAUGCACUUUGCGUGGAUUUCGCACGUACAUGCGGAUCAUCACGUAGGUUUACCGUCGAUUCUCGCCAAGCGUCGCGAAGCUUUUUUGAGUUCAGGCGUGAAGGAAGAAGACAUUCCAAAUUUAACUGUUUUUGGACCUCGACCGUUGCGAUGGUUUUUAAGCCAGUGCGAAAAGAUAGAACCUUUGAGCUACCGAUUCGUGGAUUGUCGAGAUACGUUGGAAUCGAAAACGAUGCAAGAGUUGCUACUCUCCUCCUCCUCUUCUUCUUCUUCUUCUUUCUCAUCGCCGUUUGAGAAACUCGUGUCGAUUCCGGUGACUCACUGCGCGCACGCGUUUGGCAUCAAAUUAGAAGGUAUGACAAACAAAUCAAACUUGCCAUAUUCCAUAGUCUACUCUGGUGACACGCGGCCGUGUGAAAACAUGAGAACCGCAGCGAAAGAGUGCACGCUGCUCAUUCACGAGGCGACGUUUGAGGAUGGAUUAGAACACGAAGCGUUGGCAAAGAAGCACUCGACGACGGCGGAAGCUCUCGAGAUUGGAAGUUCCGCAUAUUUGAACAUCUUGACGCAUUUUUCGCAACGGUAUCCAAAAGUGCCAAGUUUUAAUGGUGACGAUGGAAUCGCGAGUGCGAGGGGACAAAACGCAAUGAUUGCGUUCGACUUGAUGCGCGUCGAUUUUAAAAAUUUACGGCGCAUUCCUUCGCUUUUACCGAACGUUCGCGAACUCUUCGACGAAGAAGAUGAUGAAGAAGAUUAA